UUUGGAUCCGUCGACUCAGCUGACAUCUGCUUGGAGAGUCUCUGCUUUGCAGUUGGUUGAUAUCAUGGCAACACUAGGAACUAAGGGUACAAUUAAACCCUAUGCCAAUUUCAAUGCAGCCGAUGAUGUGCAGAAGCUGAGGAAAGCCAUGAAAGGAGCAGGCACCGAUGAAGAUGCUAUCAUUGAUGUCAUUGCAAAUAGAACCCUUUCCCAGCGCCAGGAAAUCAAGACUGCUUAUAAAACCACUAUUGGAAAAGAUCUGGAGGAUGAUUUAAAAUCAGAACUGACAGGGAACUUUGAAAAAGUCAUUGUGGGCCUUAUAACGCCAUCGACUCUCUAUGAUGUGGAGGAACUGAAGAAAGCCAUGAAGGGUGCAGGGACAGAUGAGGGCUGUUUGAUUGAGAUUCUGGCAUCUCGCAGUGCAGAGGAGAUCAAGAACAUAAAUAUCACCUACAGAAUAAAAUAUGGUAAAUCUCUGGAGGACGAUAUUUGCUCAGACACAUCUUUUAUGUUCCAGAGAGUUCUGGUAUCUUUGGCUGCUGGUGGGAGAGACCAGAGCACCAAUGUGAAUGAAGCACUUGCUAAACAGGAUGCCAAUGAACUAUAUGAAGCCGGUGAGAAGAAGUGGGGGACUGAUGAGGUGAAAUUUCUAACUAUCCUUUGCAGCAGAAACCGGAACCACUUGCUGAAGGUUUUUGAUGAAUAUAAAAAGAUUGCAAAAAAAGAUCUCGAGGCCAGUAUAAAAUCCGAAAUGUCUGGACACUUUGAAGAUGCUCUUUUGGCAGUCGUGAAAUGCUUGAGGAGUAGGCCAGGCUAUUUUGCAGAACGGUUGUACAAAUCUAUGAAGGGUCUGGGGACAGAUGAUAAAACUCUGAUCAGAGUUAUGGUUUCUCGCUGUGAAAUUGACAUGCUGGAAAUCCGCAGCGAGUUCAAGAAGAUGUAUGGCAAAUCUCUGCAUUCCUUUAUUAAGGGUGACUGCUCUGGAGAUUAUAGGAAGGUGCUCUUGAAACUUUGUGGAGGGGAAGACUAACCAACAUAACCUUUCUGUGUAUCCAAGAAAUCAAUCUGUCAUGUCUUCUUGAACGCAAUAUAAAAACCUUCUUAUCCCUUU